AUAGGAUGGGAUGUGCUGCUGCACCAAACUUUUCUAAAGUUCAGAAAAUUUAGCACAGUCUGUGACAGUACUAGCACAUCUGAUCCUCUCUGCUGAUUUGAAGCGAUGUCUGAGUUAGGCUCCAUUGACAAUCCGGUGAAGUUCAAAGAUCAAGACUUUGACGCCCUGCUGCAGAAGUGCCUCAAAUCUGCUGCUGUGUUCUCUGACACGGUGUUUGCAGCGAACCAAAGCUCCCUCGGUGUUCCAGUGGAUCCUGAUCCUAAAAAGGCAGUGAAGUGGCUGCGACCAAAGGAAAUCACAAGUAAUGCUGUCUUUGUUGAGGGCACCAUGGGCACCACCGAUAUCUGCCAGGGCCAGCUGGGUAACUGCUGGCUGUUGGCGGCCCUGUCCUGUCUCACCAUGCACCCGACUCUGUUUGUGAAAGUGGUUCCAUCUGGGCAAAGCCUGAGUGAAUCCUACGCUGGCAUCUUCCGUUUUAGGUUCUGGCAGUAUGGUGAGUGGGUGGAGGUGGUAGUGGAUGACAGGCUGCCUGUGAGAGAGGGCCGUCUGCUUUUCAGCUACUCUCGCACCACCAACGAGUUCUGGAGCGCCCUGGUGGAGAAAGCUUAUGCCAAGCUGAUUGGUUCUUAUGGCAGUCUGAAAGGGGGAAUUAUCUCAGAAGGAAUGGAGGAUUUUACGGGGGGCAUUGCCUACUCCCUCCCCGUGUCUUCUCGGCCCCCACACAUGCUCUGGAGGGCCAUCACUGCUGCCCUGGCUAGGAGCAACCUGCUCAGCUGCUUCAUACAUGCUGCGAGUGUAAAGGAGAUUGGCACUGUGACUUCAGAGGGACUUAUCAAAGGGCAUGCAUAUGCCAUCACUGAUACAGAUAAGGUACAGAGGGCGUCUGAAGUGGUCUUACUGCUGAGGCUGCGUAACCCCUGGGGGUUUGUUGAAUACUGUGGACCCUGGAGUGACAAAUGUAAAGACUGGGAUGUUGUUGAUAAUGCUCAGAAGGCUAGACUUGAGCUGGUGAAAGCUGAAGAUGGAGAAUUCUGGAUUGGAAUUGAAGACUUUUGUCGGCUGUUUAAUACAGUGGAAAUGUGCAGUGUGAACCCGGAGUCUAUGUCAGGGGAGGCGAGUGAUGACACAGCCAGCCCGUCCUGGACAUUGAGCUCACAUCAAGGCACCUGGGUCCCAAUGUGUUCUGCAGGGGGCAGCCGACGAUACCCCAGAUCUUUUUGGAAAAAUCCUCAGUUCCAGAUGGUUCUGUCUGAGAAAGAUGUGGAUGACUAUGAUUAUGGAGAGGAGGAAGAAGGGGAGGAAGGAGAUGGAGAAGACGAUGAAGUAGGUGUUGUGGUGGCUCCUGGGAACAAGACUGAGAAACAGGGAGAGAAAAAGAAGAAGUGCACAGUACUGGUGGAGCUUCUCCAGAAAUACCGCAGACAAAAAGAUAAAGUCAACUUUCUCUACAUUGCAUUUCACAUCUACCAGGUUCCCCCUGAGCUGCAGGACAAACCAGGAUCUCUGGACCAGCAGUUCUUCUCCAACAACCGUCCGGUUGCUCGCUCUGGAAAGUACCGUGGCAUUAGGAGCGUGUGGCGGAAGGUGCACCUAGAGCCUGGCAGUUAUGUCAUCCUAGCCUCCACCUACAGGCCCAACCAGCAGGGGGAGUUCUUCCUCCGUGUUUACACCAAAACCAGCAACAUACAAGGGUUCCAGGAUUUCCCCUGCACCAACAACUACUCUGUGAUGGUAAUGUCAAAGCCAGUCUUACCUGAGGAUCAGUUUAGAGUGCAGAAGUGGUAUGAUGAAAAGGCUGGAUCAGAUGACAGAGUGAAUGCUGUGCAGUUUAUGAACCUGGUGAAUUCAGUGUUGGAAAAAGACUAUGAACUUCCACUGGAGACCUGCAGACAGCUCAUCUUUGGGGAAGACACUGGUGGCAGAGGCCGUCUGAGCAGAGCUCAAGCAGAGAAGCUGCUCACCUCCCUACGCAAUCUGCAGUCUAUCUUUUUUCAGUUUGAUGAGGAUUCGUCAGGAACUAUGAGUCCGUUUGAACUCACUUUGGCUCUGAAUGCUGCAGGUGUGGACUGUGACAAUGUUGUGGUACAGCUGUUGUGGGAGAGGUUUGGCGCUGGUGAACAAUACCUGCCUUUCUAUGGCUUUGUGUCUUGUGUUGCCAGACUGCAGGUGCUCUUUGAUCUUUUUGAGUUGGAGACCAACCCAGAGGUGAAGGACAAGGGCAUCAACGCUUGGCUGCUCAAGCUGUUGGCUGUGUGAGCCUGUCCAGACCCGACACCUCAGCGGGACAGACCUGCUAGGCCAAGACUACUCUGACGUCAUCCACCUGAGCCUACGUCUCCUACAUCUCCUCCUCUUCUAACUCAUUUGUGAUCUGCGGACCUUUGCCCUGCAGUUGCUUCCACCCACUCAUCGCUCCAUCAGUUGGGGUCUAUGACCAUGUAGGUCAUUACUGCCUGGAUACAAAACAGACUUUUGCAUUUCAUCUCCCUCGCCACACCCUAACACAAUGUGUAUGUGUGUGUUUGCAUUCAUAAUAAUCAAAACAUUUGAAUAUUUUAAUAGGAAUAUUUUACUUGUAAAUGAACAUUCGGUCAUCAUUUACUCGCUCUCAUGUCAUUCCAAACCCAAAUGACUUUAUUUCUUCAGUGGAGCACAAAAGAAGAUAUUUAGCAGGAUGUCCAAGCUGCUCUUUUACCAUAUGCAAUGAAAGUGAAUGGAGACCAGGAACAAUUGUGAUCACCAUUCACUUUCAUUGUUAGAGAAACUUGGACAUUCUUCUAAAUAUCAUCUUUUAUGUUACAAAGAAAAAAAGAAUGCAUAUGCAUUUGUAAUAAAGGUAAAUGAUGAACAGGUGACCAAUCUAUAUUUCAAAAGAAUUCUCUAGCACAUUUAUCCAUUUCAUUAGCAUAGCUAUCAAUUUAAUGUUAAUUUAGUGUGAUUUAGCACCAGCAAAUAUUGAUAUGUGAUUAAUCAAAAUAUCAUGCAAUUAACUGGAUUUAAUUUUGAGUCACUGAUUGCUCUAAUUAUUAUACAGUCAUUGCUGUUUUUAUACAUUUUGAACAGUCAUAUCUGCUUUCAUAUCCUUUCAGAAGUCGAGCAGGACUGUUAAUGCAUUUAAAGCAGGGGCUCGUUAUUAUGGUCAUGCUUGUAACAAGGAGCCUAAUUGCAUAUUUUUUCAUUCAUACAGCAUGAGUCGUACUUCCUCCUCUACUUUUUCCCCUCUUAGGAACAUUAUGUAUCUCCGCUUAAUGUCUUUAAAAGUUGAGAACGUUUUUUUGCUUCCAAAUAUAAAAGCACAAGUCAUAGUCUUUCAUCACGGGGCAUUUCUAUAUUAAAUUUUUUCUGUGCGUAUACCUACACCUCCACAAACACACACACAAUCUCACACACACAUUGUUCGGGAGCGAGAUAGUAGCUGUGGGUAUUAAAAGCGAUGUCUCAGCAGCCCUGCACGCACCGGCUCUAUUCUUAUCGCUCUGACGCCACGCACAGCGUCAUCACGCCAUCGCUCCCUCCUCCGCUACGCUCUCCCUGCAUCCCUCCCUCCAGCUCUCUCUAGUAACUGUCUCAUUCUCACAAUCUGCUUCCUCCUCCUCGCGUUCCUCGCGCUCGCUCGCUCACACAUGCGCGUAUGCUUGCUCACAAACACACACUCACACGCUCUUGUCCUCUCUCCCGCUGCUCCUAUUAAUAGAAACCUUUGCUCACACAAUGCUUCCUCCCUGCCGUAAGGUGACCGAACAGAGGUUGCCCCCAGCAACAGUCCAAGCGCCUCUGGAAAGGGCUAGAAAAAGCAGGUGCACACGUCCGUCAUUGCUCUCUCAAUCACUUCCUCUUCCAUAAUUUUCCCGGUUACAUCGUGUACUUUUUAUACUGUAAUCCCUUAGUGUAUUCGCUUCUCUAAAAGCUGCUCUUGACUCGGUUAUCCCUGUCUGUCUGCCUGUCUUGCUCUUCCUUCUGAAGUGAGCCAGAAUGAUUUUCCAAAAAUACCAGGAGAAAGCCAUUCCCAUUCAUCUCGCCUGGCGUGUGAUUUCUAGAAGUAUGCGAUUAGAAGUCUGCCAUCUUUGCUCAUGGGCGCCCAGUUCGGCUACUUGUUUUUUGGACCAAUCACUUGAGCCGCAAUUGCCAUGUGACUACGCAUCUCGAUGCAUAGCCAACGAUAUGAUACAUUACCGAUACAUAUAAAGCAGCUACUGAUGCGAUAUGAUUCACCCCUAUUACGAUGCAAUGCGAACUGAUUUCGAUUCGAUUCGAUUCAACACAAUGUGAUUCAAUGCAAUAUGAAGUAAUGGAAAAAAAUAUGAUGCUAUGCAAUUCAAUAGGUUACACAUUUAUUUCUUUGGUUCAGAGAGAGAUAAAGUCAUAAGUUAAGUCCCUUCUGACUUCUAAUGCCUUGGUCUCAGUAGUAUUGUGAUACGUCAUAUUCAUGUAGCAGCAAUGAUGAGAGAACGCACUUGAGAAACAGUUUCGAGAGGAGAAAUCAAUCUACAUAUCGGUCACAAAUUAGUGGUCACUUUCUAAAAAAUAAAAGUAUCGCACUUCUAGUAAUAGUUAUAUAUAAAUAAAUCAGUUUUUACCAAUGCAAAUAUGUUAGAAACGAUGCAUCGCGAUACAAAUGCCAACUUGUAUCCGAUGCACACCUUUUUAAAUCGAUGAAUCGCAUUGUUAACUUUUAUGCCGAUGCACUGAUGCGAAUCGGUGAAUCUUACCGUCCCUAAUACACACUAUUCAUUUUAAAUGGCCAUCAAUGAAGAAAGAUGCUUUUUGGGCCCAGAUAGUAUAUUUCACUUUUCCUUGGUUUCUCAGAAGCAUAAGUCAUCAUUUUUGUGUAUGAAAACUACAACAAAUCAAAUUUUUGCUUUCACAUUUGCUCCAAUAGCAAAAGAAAAAAAAACAUGAUAGCAUUUCUACGACUUUGCCAAACAGGGUCAAAUUUGUUGUCACUCCCUCAGCCGUUAAAAUUAAAAAUACUCAGGCAGCAGCAUUAACCAGUUUUCUGUAAUUUGGCAAUAAUUUAUUGCCAAGGUAAUAAAACACAGAAUAUAGUGUUAUAAAAAAAAGAAUAUAUAUAUAUAUAUAUAUAUAUUAAAAAACUUUGCUAGGUUUACGAUGCUAAUAAUUGUGGAAAUGCAUCAUCACAGCUUGUGAAAAUGGCAUCUAUAACACACAUUCUUGCAGAUAAAUAGUAUAUAUUUAGUCCACCAAUAUAAAAAUUCAACUUUACAAUUACACCUGGGACCCUAGGAAUCAAAUAAAACCCAUGAAAGGUCACUUAUCCUUAAAGUAAGAAUAAUAAUACUGAAUACCACACUUUAAAACCACAAAAUGCGUGCCUUGCUACCAAAUACAUACAAUUCUAAAGCAGUCAUAAUGUUUUAUCAGUGAUUUGGCUUAAAAUAGAAGUAUUAAGUUUCCAAAAAAACAGAAGGUUAGUGUUUUCCUGUGGAUAGAAUGAAAGUGUCUGCCAAAAACACAGCAGACCAAGGUUAUUCACACAGACACAGUAGCUUCCUUACAAAUAUUGAACUUGGCUUAAAAAUAGCUGAGAAAUAUUCAUUAGCUUGUUGUCAUUUAGUUGGAAAUUCAUUUGUUGUGAUUAAUAAUUAUUAAUGAUAUAAUAAUAAUAACAAUAAUAUUAUUGUAUAGGAUAAUUGUUAAGCGUAAAAAAGAGCUUCUCCCUUACACCGAGAUGUGAAAUCUGUCUCUGACGCAAUGACUGAUGUUUUAAAUCAGAUGUGUGUCUUCCACUGAUUCGUUUGGAAAGAGCUGAGUAUCUAUUAAAAAGUUUGCCCACCUGAAUGCGUACAAGCCAAGAUGACAGAUGGCCAGAAAUAUCAAAAAUGUGUGGAGUUUCCUUUCUGAGAAACGCAGACUAAAAUAACCGAAGAAUUAGAAUGGGGUUUCUGGCAGAUAGAACAUUUACUUUGAUUGAAUCUAAUUACUAAGGAGGAAAUAGGCACAGCAGCUUGCCGAACAUGUGUUUGUGUGACAUAGACUGAUUCAGAAUCGCAGGGUUGGAUGAAUAAAUUCCUCCAACCUUUUCUCCACCUCCCUCCAUCUGUUUUCAAGUUAUCAUUCUUAUCUCCGUCACCCCUCAUUGUCAUUCCCCCAUUGAUCCCAUUGGUGUGCCGCAGUGACAUGUUUUGCCUCUAUUUCUUGCCGACACUUGGUCAUUUGGUACAGUUCUAUGGGGGUGGCUACAGGAAUAGCUCCAGAGUUGUAGUGCAGCGUGUGUGGGAGCGUUUUCCAGAGUGGAAGCUCCUUAAGGAAGGUGCCUUUUUUAAGUAGACUGCCAAGAUGCAUUUUUAGACCUGACUGGAGAACGCGAUACUACUGAAAUUGAUGUCACAGGAUGUAUUUAUAGAUAUUUACAUGAAGUAUUUCAUGGAUUUUGUGGGGCAACUGUGUCAUAUCUUAGCUUCAUCACCCUGAGAAUGUGUAUCAGGCGGACGGUCGUUUUCACGCAAAGUCGUUUGGGAGUCAGUGCUUACGAACAACAACAAUAUGGGUAAAAUGUCAACUCUUUGGGUGUGAGUGCAUCACACACUGACUAAUGCGUCACUCAAACUGAAUUUGACUGUUUGCCCCCACACUGACUACUUAGUUAAAUGUGUUCACUUUUACGUCAACUCGUUAAGGGCUGACGCAUUAAUGAAACUGGGGUGAAAUUAUUCUGCACUCGAGAGUUUUUUAUGCAUGUUUUAAAAAAAAAUGCAUGGAUGGUGUUGGUAUUUGUGUGCCCACUGCAGUGAGGUGGCAUGUUAGGCAGGAAGAAAAGAGGAAAAUGGUUAUAUGAUAUCAAAGUAAUAGGCUGGUAAUCAGAAGGAAGGUUUCUCCUCACAGCCCUCUUCUAAUCACUAACUCACGUCUUCUGUAUUUAUUCAAUAACAGCUAUCGUAAUUGCUCAUAAUUGCACUGUUAACGGUGCGUUAAUGCUAUAUAAUUAUAGACUGAGGUGUCUUUAGUUCAGUGUUGCCUAAAUCGCUCAAUUAUUUAGGUUAUAUGCAUACGCCCGGAGGAACUUGAUCUAGGAAUUCUGAUUGUUCAUGUUAUUGGAUUGCUGUUGUCGUUUAUCCCAGACUAUAGUAGCUUAUAUUUCACAUGGAAAAGUUUGUGUAUGAACCAGGUGCUCAAAUAAGCUUCAAAUCUUGUGAAUCUUCUAUAUCAACCUCUAUUAACCAAAAUGCCAUGGGCUAUUCAUUAGUAAAUGCCUCCCAGGCUUUUGUCUUAAUACUAAAGAAACUAAAACCAAUUUGCAGCUAUUUUUAUCUGAACAAAUGUUUAUAAGUUCACCUCAGCCCUAGUAAACAUUUGUGAUUUACUCAGCUGUCAUCUCCCAAAUUUAUAACCGCUCCUGCCUAAUUAAAAUAUGGGAUUAUGCGAUCUCUCUCCAUGUGUGAUGAAAAUAGUUUGGGACGUUUACUACAAUAUUUGGUUUCAAAACAUUUCACUUAAAGAGGUAGUCCAUGCAAAAAUUAAAAUCCUGUCAUUCUAAAAUUGUCUGUGUUUCUUCUGUGUAAUACCAAAUAUUUUAGAAAGAACAUUGGGAACUAAACAACACAGAACCCCCUUGACCUUAAAAACUCUUAUUUUAUGUUACACAAAAGAAAAUCAUUCAGAUAUAAAAUAAAUUAAUAAAAUAAAAAAAUUAAAGAAAGAAAACAUUUUUUUGUAGUAUACUGGCUCCAUUUAGCUCCAAAUCGAUUUUGUGAUUUCAGAAGUUAUGUUCUUUUCCAGAACUGUAUGUUCUUCAUUAGAAACAAUAGUUAUUUCAUUUAGAUUAGAAUAAUAUUAUUUUAAUAUACUAUUAACGAUUUAUUAUUCUACAUCCUGUGUCCCCCUUGGAAGUUUGCUGAGGCCCUUUAGAGGUCCCUGGGGGUUAAGAACCACUGAUCUAUUCAUGAGACAUGCACUGUUACAAAAUUCACCUGCAUGAAUCAGCGAGCUUCUGCUUUGAGAGGCACAUUUUAACAUUCCUUGGACUGUUGUUGAAGUGGAGGCCAUAUUCAAUUGGAUGCAAAUGAAAAAGGGCUGUGAGGGAUAAACGUUCAGUCCGUUUAAUAUGUUGUAUUGUUGUGUAAUCCACAGUCUGUUUGUCAAAUUAAAUAUGGUGUUUACCCUA